UAAUUGUAAAGACUAAAGAGAAGGAUUGCUCUCUUUCCUCUUUUCUCGUCCCCCUCCCUCUCUACUUCGUCUAGGGUUUAUCCUCUCUCUCUAUCAAUCCGCCGAUUCUAUAUACCAUACACUAGUCUCUUCCUCACUGCUACUUCCUUAGCACUUAACCAUGUCUCUGAGACCCAACGCUAGGACCGAGGUUCGCCGUAACCGCUACAAAGUGGCGGUGGACGCCGAGGAAGGAAGGAGGAGGAGAGAGGACAACAUGGUCGAGAUCCGUAAGACCAAGCGCGAAGAGAGCUUGCUCAAGAAACGCCGCGAAGGUCUUCAGCCCACGCAGCUGCCUCAAUUCGAUCCUUCCUCCCUCGCCUCCGCCGCCGCCGCUGGUGCUUCUUCAUCCGUCGAGAAAAGAUUGGAGAGCUUGCCUUCUAUGGUCGGUGGAGUUUGGUCGGAGGACAGAAGCUUACAGCUUGAAGCCACCACUCAGUUCAGGAAACUCCUUUCUAUUGAGCGUAGUCCUCCAAUAGAAGAGGUGAUAGAGGCUGGUGUUGUGCCUCGCUUUGUGGAGUUUCUCAAGAGGGAAGAUUAUCCUCAGCUUCAGUUUGAAGCUGCUUGGGCUUUGACGAACAUUGCCUCUGGUACUUCGGACCAUACUAAGGUGGUUAUUGAACAUGGUGCUGUUCCGAUUUUUGUUCUGCUGUUGGCUUCUCAGAGUGAUGAUGUCCGUGAGCAGGCCGUUUGGGCAUUAGGGAAUGUUGCUGGUGAUUCUCCGCGGUGCAGAGAUCUUGUCCUUGGUCAGGGAGCUUUGUUACCGUUGCUCUCUCAGUUGAAUGAGCAUGCUAAACUCUCCAUGCUCAGAAACGCUACUUGGACUCUCUCUAAUUUCUGCAGGGGAAAGCCACAGCCUCCUUUUGAUCAGGUUCGUCCAGCACUUCCAGCCCUUGAACGCCUGAUUCAUUCGACUGAUGAGGAAGUGUUAACGGAUGCCUGUUGGGCCCUCUCUUAUCUUUCUGAUGGUACAAAUGACAAAAUCCAAUCUGUCAUUGAGGCAGGUGUUGUUCCUCGGCUUGUUGAGCUUCUCCUGCAUCCUUCACCAUCUGUGCUCAUUCCUGCUCUUCGUAGUAUUGGUAACAUCGUCACUGGAGAUGAUACCCAGACUCAGUGUGUAAUUAGUCAUGGUGCUCUCCUUAGCCUUUUGAGCCUUCUGACUCACAACCAUAAGAAGAGCAUCAAAAAGGAAGCUUGCUGGACAAUCUCAAACAUCACUGCUGGAAACAGGGACCAGAUUCAGGCUGUAUGUGAAGCGGGUGUGAUUUGCCCUCUCGUCAACCUGCUUCAAAAUGCAGAGUUUGAUAUAAAGAAAGAAGCUGCAUGGGCAGUCUCAAAUGCAACUUCUGGCGGUUCUCCUGACCAGAUCAAGUACAUGGUGGAACAGGGAGUGGUGAAACCACUGUGUGAUCUUUUGAUAUGUCCCGAUCCAAGGAUAAUCACCGUGUGUCUAGAAGGAUUGGAGAACAUUCUGAAAGUCGGGGAAGCUGAGAAGGUGACUGGAAAUACCGGGGACGUAAACUUUUACGCACAGUUGAUCGACGAUGCUGAGGGAUUAGAAAAGAUUGAGAAUCUGCAGAGUCAUGACAACAGCGAGAUCUAUGAGAAGGCGGUGAAGAUUCUUGAGACAUACUGGUUGGAAGAGGAAGACGAGACUUUACCACAUGGUGAUGGCUCAGCUCAGGGAUUCCAGUUUGGGGGUAAUGAUGCAGCCGCACCGCCAGGUGGAUUCAACUUCCAGUGAAGGGGGUAAGGAUGAUGAUUGAAGGAAGAGAGCUGAAGGAGGAGGUUCAAGAGUUUUGUUGGACACUGGUUAAUUGAGUCUUGUCUUGUGUGUAAAAGUCAGAUGGGGUGCCUUGGUCUGAUAUGGUCUGGUUUGUGUGUGUGAUGAGAAGUCAGUCUGGGGUUUUUGUUACAUUUGUACUACUACUACACAACACUGCAAAGUCAAAAAACAUAAAAAUGUUGGUCAAACUUUAUUUUUCUUGCAAGUGCGAUCCAAGUCAUUUUGGGCUA